AUGAGGUUUACCAAUGCGUUUGUGGUGUCUGCUUUAGCAAUUGGUUCAUUUGCGGUAGAUGUUGGCUUGGAAAAUGCUGCUUCUUUGGAAAUAAGAGAAAUUGAACUGGGUGAAGUAUCGGUAUUAGUGCCGAAGACUAGACAAGUGGAGAACAAGGAAACCACUUUUUCUGUUAACGGGUGCCAUUUCCAUGGCGAUGUGCAAUAUUGUCUUGACGCUGAUGGAAACGAAGGUUAUAUUGACCCAGUGCCAAAAAAUGCACCAGAAAGCUAUACCGGGUGCCACUCACACGGAAACGAGACCUUCUGUAUGAAUGGUGACGAUGAAGUGCAGUUCAUUCCUGGGGAAAAAGAUACCGAAUCAGACGACGAUCAUGAUCAUGAGCAUGAGCAUGAGGACGAGCAUGAGCAUGAGCACGAGGAGGACGAGGAUGAAGGUGCCACUUUUUCUGUUGACGGGUGCCAUUUCCAUGAUGAUGUGCAAUAUUGUCUUGACGCUGAUGGAAACGAAGGUUAUAUUGACCCAGUGCCAAAAAAUGCACCAGAAAGCUAUACCGGGUGCCACUCACACGGAAACGAGACCUUCUGUAUGAAUGGUGACGAGGAAGUGCAGUUCAUUCUUGGGGAAAAAGAUACCGAAGCAACCACAUCUGGAACCAAUUGUCACUUCCAUGCAGGUGUUGAACAUUGUGUAGACGACAAUGAAAAUAAAGAUACUGAAACUUGUGAAAAAGUUGAUCGUGACUACAACAUUCCCAUCAGAAUUGGAGCAUUAUUUGCCAUUUUGGUCACAAGUGCAAUUGGGUCAUUUGGUCCAAUGGUUCUUAAAUCAUUAUUCAAGUUGAAUCAAGAGAACAUUUUCAUUACAAUCGUCAAGCAGUUCGGUACUGGUGUGGUUAUAUCAACAGCUUUUGUUCAUCUCAUGACUCAUGCUGCUUUGGUCUGGGCAAAUUCUUGUCUUCAUAUAGGAUACGAAGCUGUUGGACCUGCUAUUACUAUUGCCGGUAUUUUUGUUGCAUUCAUUGUUGAAUACAUUGCCUACCGUUUAUUGUCAAAAUCCUUAAAAUCGAGAUCUACGGUAUCUCAAAUAACCGCAUCGGGAGACGUUGAACAAAAAAUCGAAAGCCAAGAGCAAACUCUUGAUGAAUCUUCUGACAAUGGCAAUGACCUUGCUGCUGCAAGCCACCACAACCAUGGUCUUGACCAAUCUGUCAAGGACAAAAUCUCGGUAUUUAUUCUUGAGUGUGGUAUAAUAUUCCAUUCAAUUUUGAUUGGAUUAACAUUGGUAGUAGCUGGAGACUCAUACUUUAUUACAUUGUUCAUAGUAAUUGUAUUCCACCAAUUUUUCGAAGGUUUGGCCUUGGGUUCAAGAAUUGCAGAUAUCAGGGCAAAUUUACUAACCAAAUUAUCAAUGGCUGGUGCAUUUGCAAUAAUUACACCCAUAGGAAUGGCCAUUGGUGUUGGUGUAUUACAUAAAUUCAAUGGUAAUGACGUAUCGACCAUUAUUGCAUUGGGUACUUUGGAUUCAUUCUCAGCUGGUGUUUUGCUUUGGACCGGGUUGAUUGAGAUGUGGGCCCACGACUGGUUGGAUGGACAUUUACGCACAAGCAACUGGAUUCAUACCCUGUUGGCUAUGGUUUCCUUGAUUGCCGGAUUGUUGUUGAUGAGCUUAUUGGGCAACUGGGCCUAA